CGAUGAUCUUCCCUUUUGGUGGAGGCGGCCGCCCGCAUUGGUAUCCGUGCCGAUUUCAGGACCUCUGGAGCGUGGACUUUGUCCGCGAGGCUUGUCCGGAAGCAGCGUACAUGGCCCUGCUCAUUCGAGCUGAGGAGCGGCUGCCCGCGCGCGGCGCGGACCGCCCUCUGCUCGAGUUCGCGGCCCUCGGCGGGGACUUCGCGGGCGCGGCCAGCCGCCUGCGCUCGGCCGCCUGGCCGCUGGCGCAGGGCGUGGGCCGGCUGCAAAGGAUGGCGGAAACGCUGGAGGUGCCAGAGGAGUACUCGACAGAGUUUGUGAUGCCAUACUGCGACGAGCCCCUGGACGAGGAACACUGGUUCCACCCGCAGCUGCCACUCCGGCACGUGGGCCUGGUGCUCUACCGCCUACUCGUCUGUUGCCCUGGCGGGCGUGCUGGGGGCACUGUGCUCCAUGGGGACGCCGCGCUGGCCUCCCUGCCCCCUCGGGCGCAACGGGCCGCGGCGCGGUUCCGCUCUGUGGAGGUUGUGGCCGUCGAUGCCAGCCCCCAGGCGUGGGAGGUGGCGCGUUACUUCCUACAUCUCGCGGGCCGGUACGAUCGGCUGGCGGACUUCACCUUCUUCCUGCACCCAGACGUGUUCGAGCACGUCAACGUACGGAUGCUGAAGAGUCUGCUGGGGUCGCUGCGCGCCGGGACGCUGGGGCGGAGCGGCCUCGGAGCCGACAGCGGCAGCGGCUGGUUCCAGUACCUGUCGCUCUCGCACCACUACGUCACGAGGCCUGCCCGCAUGGCGAACCCCGCCCAGGAGUGCGGUGGACUCCCAGGCUUCCACGACCUCCAGCGCAGGCUGCUGGGGGACGCCCCGGAGCCCGGCGCAGAGCCAGGCGACUUCGGGUUCUACUGCUGCUCGCAGUUCAUGGUGCACCGUGACCGUGUGCUGCUGCGGCCCCGCGAGUGGUACCAGCGCGCCUCGGAGGCCGUGCUCUGGGAGCACUGCACGACCAGCUACAUGGAGCUGCUCUGGCACGGCAUCUUCAACGCUGGCGUUCUGCACGACAGGAAGCGGCAGGAGCGCCCCGAGCUGCCCCUGUUCCUGCGCGUGGACAACUUCGUGGAGGACAACGCCGCCGGCGCCGUGUGACGGCGCCGCGGGGCCCCAUAGGCUGCCUGGAGCGCUCGCUGAAAGGCCCGCCUGUGGAACGAGAGGCUGCCAUCCUAGCAGGCGUCCCAGGGGAUCUGUUUACAUCGCAUGUCCAGGGUGUAGAUGGAUGUUUCCCAGCUGCCCCUGUGGUGUUAGGUCUCCAUUCUCCCAGCCAUCCUGCGGCACAUCCUGUGGUGUCGGGUCCUCGUGUUUCGAAGG